UUCAGGUUCACCUUGACUCCGGGAGCUGCAGCAGAGCAGGUACCAGCUCCUGCACCUGUUUCUCUUGCACCUGACGUGCAGCUGCUCCUACCCACCUCUCCUGGCUGAGCCUUGCCUGAUACAGCAGCCCGGAGGCACCACUUGCUUCCCGAGUCUCACCCUCCCAGGCAGCUCCUACACUCAACUGCUUCUCUAGGAAAGGUCUCACCUCCAGCCUGGAGCAGUCGGGAUUACAGAAAGCCCCAUCCUUGGCUUAGGGAGCGCCAUGACGACUGAAAUUGGUUGGUGGAAGCUGACUUUCCUCCGGAAAAAGAAAUCCACUCCCAAGGUGCUGUAUGAGAUCCCUGACACCUAUGCCCAAACAGAGGGAGAUGCAGAACCCCCAAGGCCUGAUGCUGGAGGCCCCAACAGCGACUUUAACACCCGCCUGGAGAAGAUUGUGGACAAGAGCACAAAGGGCAAGCACGUCAAGGUCUCCAACUCAGGACGCUUCAAGGAGAAGAAGAAAGUGAGAGCCACACUGGCAGAGAACCCUAACCUCUUUGAUGAUCACGAGGAAGGACGGUCAUCAAAGUGAAGGGCUGAGGAGGGUGCUAGCACCUCUUGGCUCCCUGACAUCAGCCAGAUCUGAGACAGGACCUUGCCACACUGGCCUCUUUGGCCAUAGCUGAAGCUGUGGGGGAAGUUGAUACCUGCUGGCAGGAAAUGGCUGGUUUUUAGGUUUGUAUUUAUGUGCCUCCACUUUUGUAAGGCCUGGGAGAUCCCGGGGUCCUCCACCCUCCCCCUGACCACAUACAAAGGGACUCUAGUUCAAGGGUGAAAACUCUCACCCAGGAGGAACAGUCCUCCUUGAAGCAAUGGCAGGGCUAGCAGGGAGGUGGGCAUGGCAGGGAAUGGAGAGAGUGAGCCAGACAGACUUCACCUCCUUACUGGACACAGGGUCAAGGGUGUUUCAAUUGCUGCUCCCUUUACUUUCUCUACCUGUGACUACUCCCUGGACCAGUCCGGAGGAGGGCACAUUUUCCAGAAGCCACGUGAUAGGGGCUGGUUUCUGUGGAGCCAGAGGCAGAGACACUGAACUCGAGCUCACCUCCUAACACCGGCAGUAAACUUCCUGGAACUUUGCCCUCAGGUGCGGAGGGGGCAGAGGACCCUGGCACUCUGUUAGGGUGCUGUAGAAGACUAGAUUGAUGGUAGUUUGGCCUGUUGGUUCCUGUUUUGGCCAUGACUUUUGCAGGUGGCAAGUCACACACCCUCUAAGGGAAGCUACACGGUCCAAAUCGGGGGUGUGGGUGGGGAAUUUUCUCCUCUCCUUCUCCUACUGUAAUAGUAUUUAAGACAUAUCAGCUCCAGAGAUGAGUCCUGGAGCCUUGAAUUUUGUUUAACAAAAUAAUUGUAGGUUUCUCUCUCUAAUAACAAUGCUGGAAAAGCAGAGAACCUCUUUUAUGCUCAUCUCUUGCAUUUAUUGAGAUGACUGUUUCUCAUGCCUUUGUGUUCCUUCAUGUAAGUAAAGUGGACCUUUGUGCUCAAA